AUGGUGAUUCGAUGCGCAUUAGAGGAACUUCGAGAAAAUGCAGAUGUAAACUUUAAAAACAUUUUUAAAGAAAUCGUCGAAUUUGCAGCAAAAGUUGAUGUUGAAAUAAGUAUGCCACGAAUUUGUGGUCGACAAAUUCAUCGAGUCAAUAUAAAUGUAACAGAUCCAGAAACAUAUUUUAAAAUUUCAGUGUAUUUGCCAUUUCUUGAUUAUAUAAUUCAAGCUAUGCAUACACGAUUCGAUGACAGACUAUCUGAAGUUAUGCCACUGGAAGGACUGAUUCCAUCAAAUUUUAGUUUUUACGAUGAUGACUCUAUUUUAAAGGCAGCUAUGAUUUAUGAUAAAGAUCUUACAUAUAGUGACAGUUCAUGUCUUAAAGCUAGUUUUUCCAUAAAUUACCGAUUGCAUUUAAUUGCGAUAUAA